AUUAAUUUAAUGUCAGAGAAUAUCUAAAAUAGAGUGUCCUCAAUCUUUGAAAAGUUAAACAACAUCUCCACUAGUGUUUAGGAUGAGUAAGAUACAAAUAAUACAAAAUAGGAAAAACAAUCGUUUUCAUGCUAUAAGUUAAUUGAUUAUGGCCUUUGAAGCGUAACUGUAACAUUAAUCUGACUUGAAGGAAGAAAAAUUUGCUUAUAUUGCUUAAAAAGUUAGACAAAUUACAGAGUUUUUAGAAUAGGAAUAAGAGGAGUAUGAGUUUAAUUGAUAAUUGGUAGUCGUGAGAGAUAGGAGAGUGAGACUUUUAAAUUGAUAACAGAUUUGGAAAGACAUGCAAGAAGAUUGAUUGAGCAGAAUUCUAAGGAUAGAGUAGAAUAAGAGAAAAAAAUAGUAUAUUCAAUUGGACAUUAAAUUGAGGGUUUACAAUAGGAAGUUAUAAAAGAAGGACUUGUAAGAAUUGAGUUUUAUAAGUAGGCCCAAUCUACAUCUCAUGAAUAUAUUGAUUCUUAUUUAAAUGAAGAUUUGCCUAAAAUUGCUGAUGAACUAUAAAAUGAAAUUACAGAGAGAAAGGAUGUUGAGGAGAAGAUUUAUCAUUAGUUUGUAGAGCAAUUAAAUGAUCUAAGGGAAUUAUUUGAAAGGUUGAUAUAAGUUUAAUAAUUUAGAGAAAAGAAGGAAAGAGAAGCAAAGGAGGAAGAAAUUGUUGAAAGUUUGAGGGAGAUUUCAGGAAGAAUAUAGGAAUAAUUAAGAAAAACUAGAGGAGAAAGAGAGAAAACUGAAGAAACAUUGGUGUAGUUGGUUGAGAAGGUCAUCGAAAAAUUGAAGAGAGAAAUGCUGGAAAUGAAUUUAUGAUAUUCAUUGAUAUAAAUAAUUAUAAUUAAUUUC